GCUCGGAACAGGGGCAUCUGGGUGUUUUUUUUGCCCCGUUGUAUUUUCUGCCUUGUAGGGGAGACGGAGCGAGAGACGAGCCGAGAAGGAUUCCCCAGCACUAUGGAGCCACGCAUUGCAGGCAGCUGUGAAAGGUGACAGUGAAAUGAAAUGCAAAACAUCUGACCCUCAAUUCUAAACCCUUACUUGGUGCUGCUGCACAUAGAGGUGACAAUACAUAACUGCAUCAAGUUGUGGACCCUGUGAAGCCAACAGCAGCAUCAUGUUCUACGGUUCUUCCUCUGGGGCCAGUAUGUCCCUACCAUCCAAGAGCCGCCUGAAACGCCAGAGCAGGACCUUCACACAGGUCCUGUACCGUACUCUGAGUUACAGAGACCGUGUUCCAGCAGAAACUGGAACAAACACCCGUGGGGACCGGCGCUCAACAACUGAACCCCCAGAGCGACCGGCGGACGACCCAGCUGAACUCUCCACACAGAGCUCGGCCCCUGGCGUGCUGAAGAUUUUUGGAGAUGAAAUCUGUGCUGGUGCCAACUACAAGAGCGUCCUGGCCACGCCACGGUCCAGUGCGCAGGAACUGGUCAAAGAGGCACUCGAGCGUUACUCACUCAACAAGGAUGCUGCCCACUCUUAUGUCCUGUGCGACGUUAUCGGACGCUUGGAGGGGGGAGGUGGGAUUGGAGGAGGCGGGUGGCGGACUGAAUGCUUGCGUGCGCUGGGGGACAAUGAAAAGCCGCUGUUGCUCCAAGAGCUGUGGAAGCCCCGAGAAGGACACGCUCGCAGAUUUGAGCUGCGCAGGAGAGCAGAGGUGGAGGAACUCAACGCCAAGGAGAAGGAUACCAUCACUGCUGGGCCCAAAACCCCCCAAUUCCUGGCGGCUCUAAUGGGUCGGUCUGGGCUUGGCAAACACAGGAGCUCCCCCCUACGGUCUGGUCGAGUGGUACAGUCCAGCUCUAAAGAUAUUAAUGCCCAAGCUCGUAAGCUCCAGAGGAACAGGGCGAAGGGGACACUGACCCUGCCCCGGUCCAGCAACUCAUCCUUCUGCCGCAGCCUCAGUGAAACCAGCCUCAACCAGCUGGGAGUAGGAGAGGAGCCCAAACGUUAUUACUCCACUCUGCCAGGGCCCUUAAGGGGCAGAGAACGUGAAGUGGCCUCGAGCGGCCGGAGGAAAGAGGAGGGGAGUCAGGGAGGAGGAGGGGUGAGGCACUCUCUGUACCAGUCGCCACAUCUCCUGCUGCUGCAGGGAUACAAUCGGCAGGACUGCCUGGUGUACCUGCUGAACAGAGAGCAGCAUACAGUUGGUCAGGAGACUCCAUCAGCUCGCCCCAACAUCUGCCUGUUUUCUCCUGACAUCCUGCCCCUCCACUGCCGCUUGCGCAGAGUGCCCGCACCCCGUCGGCAUGCCAACAACAACAAGGGUGAAGAGCUGGCGGAGAGUCAGCGGUUCUGUGUUGCCGUUGAGCCUGUGCUCCACGCCACAGUUCUGGUGAACUUUUCCCGCUGCGAGCGCUCCACCACGCUGCGACAUGGUGACCUCCUCUCCUUCGGAGCGCAUUACAUCUUCCUGUACAAAGACCCCACGGGCGCUAAGCCUCUGCCUGCUCAGACUUUGGCACGCCUUCGCACCCUGGGGCAGCUUUACGAUGCAGGGGUGGAGGAAGGAGAGGGCGGGGCUCAGACUUGUAAAAUGUGUGGUACUGUGCUGAAGGACAGAGCAGCGCAGGUAUCGAGUGUUCCAGCAGUCAGACGCAGCUUCAAACCUCACCUGGUGAAGCCCCGGGAAGGAGGUGGAGGAGGUGGAGGAGGAGGAAGAGGAGGAGGAGGAGGAGGUCAGAAGAGGAGGUUACAGCUGGAGUUUGACCAGGCUCAUGAAGACCAGCUGUUGAACAGAAUCGUAUCCCUCAUAGAACCUGGAGGAGACGACCAUAAGCUGACACCAGCCUACCUCCUGUGUCUGUGCAUACAACACUCUGCCUCAACCUUCCCACCUGGGAGUUUUGGAAAACUGCUCCUCAAGAUCGUUCGGCGAAUCCAGACCAUUGCAUGGGAGAAGACAAAGGAGCUGGCUCAGAAGCAAGCUCAGCACCAGGACCCGGCCUCCCUGUCUCUGCUCAGUAUCUCAGACUUGGUCCCAGACCUGCAGACCAUCUUCUUCUGGAUGUCCAACUCCAUCGAGAUCCUCUACUUUAUACAGCAAAGAGCACCAGCAUACACACACACCAUGGAGACACUGCAAGGGUCAAAGGAGUCGUUGCUAUCGGCGACCAUAUCAGCCAAUGAGGAGUCAAUGACCAUCUUGGAAGAAGUGAUCAUGUACACUUUCCAGCAAUGUGUCUACUAUAUCACCAAGGCUCUUUAUGUAGUGUUACCAGGUUUGUUAGACUGUAAUCCAUUCCCAGUCGACAGCUCUGAACCCUGCUGGAAAGGAGGUGUAGGGUUUCCCGAACCUGUACGCAGGGUCCUGCAGGUGUUUCAAAAUGCCCAGGAGCUUUUGCAGGGCUACCAGGUCCACCCGGAGAUCCAGGCUCAGAUGUUUGCUUACCUCUUCUUCUUCUCCAAUGUGUCGCUGUUUAACCAGCUAAUGGACAAAGGUCCGUCUCGAGGGUGGUUCCAGCGGUCCAAAGUGCUGCAGAUUCAGGCGUGUUUGCGAAUGGUCAUGGAGUGGGCGAGCAGGUCCGGUCUGGGACAUCUGGCUGACAAAUUCUUCACCAAACUCAAUAGCGCUAUUUCAAUACUGGCCACAGCCCCACAACAGCUCACACAGCUAAGUUGGCGAGCGUUGUCCAGUGAGCACCCGACUCUGAAACCAGUCCAGCUGCACAGGAUUCUCACUCAGUACCAACUCACAGCAGAGAUCAACCCUGUCCCAAUAUGGCAGCCCAGCAGCGAGGACGAGGCUUACAUAUACAGAACAGUGGACCUCCUGGAGAGCUUUGAGAACCACCCUCCCAUAGUGCUGCCCAGCGCCGGCUUCAGAGUGGACUUGGACAGCGAGUGUGUGGAAGACAGCAUCUACAGACAGCUGCUCUACAUCCGCCACUACCUUUGGGGUCUACGCACCAAGACGCAAACACACACCAGCACUCCCAGCGUGCACACGCACUCCAACGGAACCAACACAGCUGACUGGCCCGACAUCCAGAGGGAGCUGCUGCCUCCGGCCCACAGCAGUCCCCGCUCUGGGGGUCCCGGGGACGAGGUGAUAGCAGAGUCAGGUGAGGAGAGAGGACGGGACAGACCCUCAGCUCAAACACAUACUCACAGCCUCAGAAGGAACGGCACCGCUCACCACCAUCGGACAGUAAACCCAGACCCAUCCUGCCUCUUGACCCCUCCCAACACCCCGCUGUACCCAGAAGGAGGAGGAGGAGGAGGGCCUGGGCCAAUCAUAGGCCCCAAUACUCAGACUAAUGGCUGCACGAGCAGAACUGUGACAGAAUGUAAGAAGGCCAACGGACUCAUCACCAAUGGACUGGAAGGGUGUAUUAGUGGGUGUGAGUUUCCUUUCCCUGUAUCCUCCCCUGGCGCCCCUCCCCUUCCUGAUGACUUGUGUGUGGUGUUUGUAGUGGAACUGGACAAGGGACCCUAUGGACUGGGCAUGGGACUCAUAGAUGGCCUGCACACUCCUCUCAACGCUCCUGGCAUUUACAUCCGGACUCUGAUCCCUGACGGACCUGCUGCCUCCGACGGCAGACUGAGGAUCGGAGACCGCAUCCUGGCAGUGAAUGGGACCAGUCUGAUAGGAGCAGACUACCAAAGCGCGGUGGAUCUUAUUCGUCUUGGAGGAGGUCGACUACGUUUCCUGGUAGCCAAGUCUGACCCUGAGGUUUCAGAAAAGAUCAGUGCCUCCUCCUGCUGACCACCUCCAUGGCCCAGCUAAGAUGCAUACACACUACACGAGAGGUGGGACAGUGAGACAUACAGAUGUGUGCACUGAUGAACAGGGUACACACAAACACACACCCGUGCGUACAUACGCCGCAUGAAAUAUGAAUGUGAAACCCAAUGUCAGCACAGCACAAAGCCAAGCAAUCGAGCUGGAGAUAACGCUCCAUGACUCCACUCCACAGCUGCCAGACCUGCCUCCCUCAUGCUGACUCCUACAGGGUCUGUGUGACAGACAGAAUCUGUAACCCACCACGACAUCAAAGGAAUAUGCUGCAAGGAAAGUUGCCUAAUUAAUCAGCGUUUGAGGUGGGCGAGGUCUAACCAGCCUGUAUGCAGUCUGAUAUGGUUUGAAAGCACAGUAGAUGGUAGGGUUUUAAUUUCUCAUCAGCCAGCCCUUAGAGCAUGUGCGUACAUUGGACUUUUUCCAACUGUAUUUUUGAGUAAUUUGUAUUAGUAAUUCACACAUUAAGUAGCAUAGUAAAAUAGCUACCCAGCUCUCAGACAAAAGGAUUCUGAAACUGUUGGACACAAACUGAAAAUGUACUUCACACGUGGAGACAACCUCAGUGAAAGCUGAAUGUCUUACAUGGUGCUUUUAGAGUGGAAUGUUUUAUAAACCUGUUUGUUAGCGACUCCCAAAGCAUUAUAACUGUCUGCUCUUAAACAGACUUAAAGCAUUGUUUAUGAAUGUUGACUUUUGUACUGGCAGGCAGAGGAAGCAAACUCAAGAAUGUUAAGACAUACAACCCAGCUCUCCUUUUUCACAUUUAACCUCAUCAUUGAACUUUACCGCCACUGGAAAAAAGAUGAACUCUCGAGGCUUGACACACACACACAGCAGAUGUGCAGUUGUUGUGGGACAUUGUUUAUUAAUUACCGGAUCAUCAACACAUCAUGCUUCACUCCAGAGUUUCUGGUGCACAAGUGUGUAUAAAGCAACUGUUUUCUUGUGAAUAUAUGCUGUAUGUAUCUGGUUAAGAUGUAAAUAAUUGUUUGUAAUAAUAUUUAACAUUUGGUCACAUACUGUUUGGACAAAAGAGAAUCUGCAUUUGGGGAAAUCAGUCAAGCUUUUUUUCUGAAACGUGUAAAUUCUGAAACCUACUGAUGGGGAAAAAAGAAACUGUAUUUUCUGGAAGGAGAGAAAUAUAGUUGAGGUUUGUGUAAGUUCUAAAUAUUAUUCAUUUACUUUAAGUCCAGUGAAUACAAAGGUUGUGCGCUGUAGAACUGCAUACUACUGUUCACACAGGUGGUUAAAGGGUCACUACACCUACACCACAAAGAAAUAUGUAUGUUGUCACUUCUAGCAAUAUAAAACCAUUCAGAUUUUGGUCCUUUUUUUGUCCAAGCUUCUGACGUAUCUGUUGAAGAGAUUUCUACCUUCAACAAAUGCAGUGGGGAUGAAUGGAAUUUGUUUGUGGAGUACUGAAAAUUUAUAUAGAAAACAUUCAACAGCAGUGUCCCCAUUACACCGGAUAAUCUACCAAUUUAACUAUGGUUUUCAUGGAGACUAUUUCUUUUCAUGGAAAGUCAUAAAGUCAUGAGGUUGAAAAGGUUGCUGAUGAAUUUUCAAGUAACUUAAGUAUGUGAGCACAAAACAACAAAAUUCCAUUCAUCUCCAUUGUAUUAGGGCGGAAGCACUUAAAUCUCUGGCACAUCUAAAAACCUAAAGAAAAAAACAAAACUUUGUGCAUGACUAGAUACAGAACUGUACUGACCCUUUAAAUUAGGGAUGCACCGAUCCACAUUUUUUCACUUCCGAUCCGAUCCCGUUACCUGAAUUUGGAUAUCUGCCGAUACCUAUACUAUUCAGAUUCCAGAGCUCUCUUUGCUUUAAUAUUAUCAUUAUCAUUAU